CCGCACUGCUUUGCCGGUACCUCCAGCCAGCCAGCGAGCUGCACGGCAACCACGCCGAGCUUCUCCGUGCGGCUGGAGAGCGAGCAACCGGGCCGAGAGGGAAAAGCGAGACCGGCGGCUGCAGGCUUCGCUUGGAGUGGACUUGUUAUGAGAGUGAGUGUCCUUUGGAGUCUCUUGCUGCACUUCCCUAACACACAACAAUUCUUCUGCACAAAAUAAGUUUGAUCACACCUUGAUUAUCACGAGAUGGAUAGAGGUCAUGCGAUGGAAGAUAGGACUUCUUUAGUGCAAGGGGCUCAGGACAUUGCCAAUGAAGUCAAGAAGCAAGGAGUGAAGAAAGUGAAUAGAGCCAUAGACAGGACUCAAGAUGGGUAUACUGAAAGAUCUUACAAUAGUUUCCAAGCUGAAGAUGAUGCAUAUUAUACCCAGGAAGGAAAUUAUGAUGGAGAAGCAAAUGAAGAUGAAGGAUCCAGUGAAGCAACUGAAGGACAUGAUGAAGAUGAUGAAAUCUAUGAGGGAGAAUAUCAGGGCAUCCCAAAUGCCGCACAAAACAAGGAUGGAAUUGCAGCUGUAGGACAGCACAUCGGAGAUGACUACAAGGAUCGUCUAGAACUGGAGACAGAGAGAAAGGCUGAUGAAGAAGAACUGGCACAGCAGUAUGAGCUAAUCAUUCAAGAAUGUGGACAUGGCCGUUUUCAGUGGGCCCUCUUCUUUGUCCUUGGAAUGGCUCUAAUGGCUGAUGGGGUGGAGGUUUUUGUAGUUGGAUUUGUAUUGCCGAGUGCUGAGACAGACAUGUGCAUCCCUAAUUCUGGAUCAGGUUGGCUUGGUAGCAUAGUAUACCUUGGGAUGAUGGUGGGGGCAUUCUUCUGGGGAGGCUUGGCAGACAAGGUGGGAAGGAGACAGUCUCUUCUGAUAUGCAUGUCUGUCAAUGGAUUCUUUGCCUUCCUUUCAUCAUUUGUCCAGGGCUAUGGCUUCUUUCUCUUCUGUCGAUUACUUUCUGGAUUUGGGAUUGGUGGAGCUGUUCCAGUUGUGUUCUCAUACUUUGCUGAAGUCCUUGCUCGGGAAAAACGUGGAGAACAUUUAAGUUGGCUUUGCAUGUUUUGGAUGAUUGGAGGCAUCUAUGCAUCAGCCAUGGCUUGGGCAAUCAUUCCUCACUAUGGAUGGAGCUUCAGCAUGGGAUCUGCUUAUCAGUUUCACAGCUGGCGAGUGUUUGUUAUUAUGUGUGCUCUGCCCUGUGUGUCUGCUGUGGUGGCACUUACCUUCAUGCCAGAAAGUCCAAGAUUCUUGCUUGAGACUGGGAAACAUGAUGAAGCUUGGAUGAUUCUCAAACAAAUUCAUGACACAAAUAUGCGAGCUCGUGGUCAGCCUGAAAAGGUUUUUACAGUCAACAGGAUCAAAACUCCCAAACAGAUAGAUGAGCUUAUCGAAAUUGAGAGUGAUACAGGUACUUGGUACAGGAGGUGUUAUGUCAGAGUACGCACAGAGCUGGAUGGGAUUUGGUUAACAUUUAUGAGGUGUUUCACCUAUCCAGUCAAGGACAAUACCACCAAGCUUGCAGCAGUAUGGUUUACUCUUUCUUUCGGGUAUUAUGGAUUGUCAGUCUGGUUUCCAGAUGUCAUUAAGCACCUACAAGCAGAUGAAUAUGCUUCUAGAAGGAAAGAGUUUGGAAACGAGAGGAUUACAGACUUUGACUUCAACUUUACACUGGAAAAUCAGAUCCAUUACAAUGGAACAUUCAUCAAUGACAGGUUUACCAUGAUGAAAUUCAAAGCAGUUGUUUUUCAAGACACACUGUUUAAGAGCUGUUAUUUUGAAGAUGUUACCACACUGAACACUUACUUUAAGAACUGCACUUUUGUGGAAACCUUCUUCUUCAAUACAGAUCUUGAACCAUACAAAUACGCUGGCAGUGAAUUUGUAAACUGCACAUUCUAUCACAACAAGACAGGGUGUCAAAUUUCUUUUGAUGAUGAUUACAGUGCCUACUGGAUUUACUUUGUUAAUUUCCUGGGGACUUUAGCAGUAUUACCAGGAAAUAUCGUUUCAGCUCUUCUGAUGGACAGAAUUGGGCGUUUAACAAUGUUAGGUGGUUCUAUGAUUCUUUCUGGAAUUAGCUGUUUUUUUCUGUGGUUUGGUACAAGUGAAUCAAUGAUGAUAGGCAUGCUGUGUCUCUACAAUGGCCUCACUAUUUCAGCCUGGAAUUCCCUUGAUGUCAUCACAGUGGAGUUGUAUCCUACAGACAGGAGGGCAACAGGCUUUGGCUUUUUAAAUGCACUAUGCAAAGCAGCAGCUGUUCUUGGAAACUUAAUAUUUGGUUCUUUUGUUGUCAUCGCCAAGUCAAUUCCUAUUCUCUUGGCUUCUACGGUUCUCGUCUGUGGAGGUUUGGUAGGACUUCGACUCCCUGACACCAGAACCCAAGUGUUGAUGUAACUUGGGAAAGGUUAUGGAUAAAAAAGCCAUUUACAAUUUCUUUUUCUCUCUUUCCAAGUGUCAGAUCUCCUGGCUGGAUGGGCAAAGGCUUCAGAUUCUCAGUGUGUGGAAGGUGACCCUGUA